CACCAGGACAUAUAAAACCAGCCAGGACCGGUCCGGAGCUCAACCCAGACCCCGCGAAUCAGCCGUGAGCGAACAUCCUGCUAACGUCUGUCUCAUCCUCGACCAGAAGUUUCCCUCCGUCCGUACGGCAUGGCAAGACUCCUGUUCCUCUUCGGUCUCCUGUUGGUGGCUCUGGCGGCGAUCGAGCCGACUUCGUCCGAAGACAUCAGCGAUGACAGCCGAGAGUUGGAGGACAUAGAACAAGACCUAGAACAGACUGAAUUCCAGGUGACUCUUCUGAAGAAGCAGCUGCUGAGGAAGUUGGUGGAGGCUUACGCCAAGGGCCAGGACCUGUCCCCGCAGGAGCAGCGGCAACUGGAGCUCCUCCCGCCGAGCGACAAGCGGGGGAUGAUCAGGAGAGCCAAGGGCUGUGCCAGGUUCUACUGGAAGAUGCCGGCAACGGCCAUGAGCUGCUGAACUACCGCCGGAACCUACCGCGACAUCGCCGAGAGUUCAUGAGUACUAAAGGACUUACGCAUAACUACUACGCUUCCAUCAAAACAGUAUUUUUGCUUGCGGAAGGAAAUCUAUUGAAGAGGAUAUGACUGAAUUUGACUGUUUCAACAAUGAACCAGCACAGUGCGACCAUACAUUCUAGCUCCUUAUUAGACCAGGAUAGACAUAGGCAUAGAACUGCACGAAAUCAUAUCUUAUAGCAUGUCUUAAAGCAUGCGUAAAGGGUUAAAGAACCCUUUAAGCGUGCUUUAAAGCAUACGUAAAGAAUUGAUUUUAGCAGUCCAGUAUACAAAUCUCAUUCUAGUCAAUUGUACACGUUAACAUUACGAGGAUUCAUAGAAAAAUAAUAAUCAAAACAACAUCUUCUGUAGAUGCAAUGCAAUGAUUGAUUUACAUGAAUGACCAACAACGAGAUUAAAUUAGAUAUUUCAUGAUAACGAUAUAAUAUGUAAACGAAUAUUUAUCGCAGUAUCUGUGUACAAACGAUACAACGAACAUUCCAAUUAAUACAGAACUUCGUCUACAGUCUAAUUCUAGUCUAAAUGUGGUUGCGAAACACCCUUAUCACUAUUGUCUUCCAGUCCAGUGCACAAUUGCAAACCUGUCUUCCAGUGUAUCAUUGCAAAGCUUUUAAGAUGAAAAAAAGGUCGACAAUGUUCGUGAAAAAGCUAGACUUCAGCUUGUUAUGUAUAAGCAUAUAUAAUCAAGAUGUUAAAAGCGCUAUAUUUAAGAUUGCAGGUAUGAGUCUGGUAGUAUAGCAACAU